CAUCUGUGGCCGUCGUCCGCAACUGCGGAGUAAAACAAACCGUUAUUUUUGGUGCAAAAAACGCCCCAAAAAUGGCGCCUCAGAUGACAACUGUUUGGACGACGACAGAGACAGCGCGUCGCGAGCCGUGAGUCCGUCGCCAACGCCUCCCGAUGUCGACGAAGAGCUCGCAGUCCGCGGGCGCCGUCGUCUGCGAACACAACUCUCUGAUUCGGCGCCAGUUCUUCAAAAUCGAAAGCCUGGAGAACGAGCUGUCGCUCCUGAGGCUCGAGAGGGACGCCCUGUUGGGGGAGAACGAGAGGCUGGCCUUUCAGCUGCAGUGCAGCACUCAUCUCGAGGUCACCGCCAAGAGAAACGGAUCCAAAGAUGGCGUCAAAGACGUCGCGAAUCUCAACUUCGAGUCCAACGCCUGCCGACAGUCGACGUCAUCGCAGACGACACUGACGACGACGAAGACGACGGCGACAGUCGUUCCGCAGGACUGUUGCUAUGAGUUGUCGCAACACCUCAUUGACCGCCGCGUCGACGCUCUCGAGAGGAAAUACGGCGGACUCGUGGCCCGCGAGUCGGCCACAAGAAUACAGCGCGCGUUCCGCACAUACCGUCUGCAGAAGCGCUUCAAGAGUAUCGCCAUUCAGGCGUUGCGACAGACGACGGAUGAGACAACGCGACGACAAGCGGAACGACAGCCGUCGCUCAGCGACACUCAGAGCACGCGCUCCGACGACAGCUCUUCGGCCCAGAACUCGGCGUCGGUCUUCAUCCCGGAGUCUCUGCUCGCGAGCGCCUCCACGCAGUCCUCGCAGGCCUUCGAGUGUCAGCGGAAGCGCUCGUAUCGCGUGGGACUCAACCUCUUCAACAAACACCCUCCCGAACGCGGCCUUCGAUUCCUUUUGAAGAACUCUUUCAUCGAAAGCGUCGACAAUAGUGAACAACAAUCACAACUCGUCGCGCGCUUUCUGCUCACCAGAAAAGGCGUUUCCAAAGCAAUGAUUGGCGAAUACCUCUCGCAGCCCAACAAUGGCCUCGUUUUGAGCGCUUUCGCCGCGGAAAUCGAUUUAUCGGGACUUCAAGUCGACUCCGCUUUGAGAAAGUUUCAGACAUUCUUCCGCUUCCCAGGCGAGGCACAGAAAAUCGAGCGAAUGGUCGACGCGUUCGCCACGCGCUUCGUUGAGUGCAAUCCCGGCGACGGUCUGUCACGUGACUCCGUCUUCAUUCUGUCGUUCGCCAUAAUAAUGCUGAACACGGACCUGCACGCGCCCACGAACUCCAAGAACCGCAUGACGUCACAGCAGUGGCUUCAGAACCUUCGCGGCGUCUUUUCCGACGUCUCGCUCUCUCAACAGUUCCUUCUCGACCAGUGGCUUCAGAACCUUCGCGGCGUCUUUUCCGACGUCUCGCUCUCUCAACAGUUCCUUCUCGACGUCUAUUCGCGAAUCAAAGUCCAGGAACUGCGCACCGGCGCCGACCACGUGACGCAGGUGGCGAAAGUGCAGUCGGCGGUCGUGUCCGCAUCACGCGGUCAGUCGGUGCCGAACCUGUGUCUCGAGUGGCGCCGUCUCGUGUGUUAUUGCCGUUUAUAUGAAGUUCGCGACGAAAACAAAAAAGAGUCAAAAGAUAGACAUCAAAGAGAAGUCUUUCUCUUCAACGAUAUUCUUCUCGUGACGAAACUGUCGGCGCGCGCAAAACAGAGCCAACUCCCAGAAUACGCGUAUCGGGAAGUGUACGCUCUGGAGGGCCUUUCGGCGCAACUCUUUUGCUCCGCUUUCCAUCGCUUUGGCAUUCGUUUACGAAGACGCGUCGACAACAAUCAGAGACCUCUCGUGUCGUUCAACGCGCGCAACGAAUUGGACCAAAAGAGGUUUUGCGACGACUUGAAGGAAAGCAUUGCAGAGACGCAAGAAAUGGACGCCAUUCGCAUCCACAAGAGCACCUCCCUCCUCCAGCUCGACGCCCCCUCCACCUCCGCCCCCGCCCCCUCCAACGGAGCGCUCCCCCCGCGCCGCAAGUCGUCCUCCGGUUCCCUCGACUCCGGACUCUCUCUCCCAUCACGUGAUCACUCGCCGCAAACGGCGGCGAACUCCGCGACUGCGCAGACGACGAGUUAA